UUGUCCAAGAUAAAACAGUUGGUACAAAGCGGGGAACUGACGAGCUUUUCUCCACUUGUGUUACUAACGGACCCUUUAUCAUGAACAGCAACUCCUCUUCUGCAGCUAAUGGAAAUGACAGCAAGAAAUUCAAAGGCGAUAGCAGAACUGCUGGGGUCCCAUCCCGAGUGAUCCAUGUCCGCAAGCUCCCCAGUGACGUCACGGAGGCAGAGGUCAUUUCCUUGGGCCUGCCUUUCGGCAAGGUCACCAACCUGCUCAUGCUGAAAGGCAAAAACCAGGCUUUCAUAGAAAUGAACACAGAGGAGGCGGCCAACACCAUGGUGAACUACUACACCACUGUCACUCCAGUCCUGCGGAGCCAGCCCAUUUACAUCCAGUUCUCCAACCACAAGGAGCUGAAGACAGACAACACUCCAAACCAAGCACGCGCCCAGGCAGCUCUGCAAGCUGUAAAUUCUGUGCAGUUGGGAAACCUAGCGCUGCCAGCCCCUGCUGCGGCCGUGGACACAGGGAUGGCGAUGGCCGGCCAGAGCCCUGUCCUCAGGAUCAUCGUGGAAAACCUCUUCUACCCCGUCACGCUCGAUGUUCUGCACCAGAUAUUUUCCAAAUUUGGUACAGUCCUGAAAAUAAUUACAUUCACGAAGAACAACCUAUUUCAGGCCCUGUUGCAGUAUGCUGACCCCAUGAGUGCUCAGCAUGCCAAACUGUCUUUGGAUGGACAGAACAUCUACAAUGCCUGCUGCACGCUGCGCAUAGACUUCUCAAAGCUCACCAGUCUCAACGUGAAGUACAACAACGACAAGAGCAGAGACUACACCCGGCCAGACCUCCCUUCUGGGGAUAACCAGCCCUCCCUCGACCAGACCAUGGCAGCUGCUUUUGGUGCCCCAGGAAUCAUCCCUGCUUCUCCAUAUGCGGGAGCUGGCUUUCCUCCUGCCUUUGCAAUUCCGCAGGCUGCAGGCCUGACAGUUCCAAAUGUCCCUGGAGCUCUUGCUCCCUUGGCCAUUCCAGCAGCAGCGGCUGCUGCGGCUGCCGCAGGACGGAUUGCCAUCCCCGGCCUGGCUGGGGCAGGGAACUCUGUUCUGCUGGUUAGCAAUCUGAACCCGGAGAGAGCUACACCCCAAUGCCUCUUUAUUCUUUUCGGAGUCUAUGGUGAUGUGCAGAGGGUGAAGAUUUUAUUUAAAAAGAAAGAGAAUGCCCUGGUUCAGAUGACUGAUGGAAACCAGGCCCAGCUUGCCAUGAGCCAUCUGAACGGCCAGAAGCUCCACGGGAAGACAAUCCGUAUCACGCUGUCCAAGCACCACACUGUGCAGCUUCCCCGCGAGGCGCAGGAAGACCACGGCCUCACUAAGGACUAUGGAAAUUCUCCUCUACAUCGCUUCAAGAAACCAGGCUCCAAAAACUUCCAGAACAUCUUUCCCCCUUCUGCCACUCUUCAUCUGUCCAAUAUUCCACCUUCAGUAGCCGAAGAAGACCUUAAGAUGCUGUUUUCAAGCAAUGGAGGGAUGGUCAAAGGAUUCAAAUUCUUCCAGAAGGACCGAAAAAUGGCGCUGAUCCAGAUGGGCUCCGUGGAAGAAGCCAUUCAGUUGCUCAUCGACCUCCACAAUCACGACCUGGGUGAGAAUCACCACCUGCGCGUCUCCUUCUCCAAGUCGACCAUUUAGAGCUUGGGAAGGCGUGGGACAAAAUGGACUUGACUUAAAACCUCUGGGGUUCGGCCUUGGCCUUAAGGCUGAGCGCUAGGGUUUCAACUUCCAUCAUUCCAGAAAAAA